CCCAAAUCCCAGCAUAGUAGAGGUAGUAACCGUAACAGGGGUAAAGGGAAAGACUAAACAUCGAAAAUACAGUUCGAGAAAGUAUAAGUUAUUGAGACAAAGACAUAUAUGGCCUGUUAGCGGGAUAUAGACUGGAUUAAAGCAUGCUCAAUGCAUGAUUGCUUUGGUGCACGCUGAUUGGCUAAUUCUUAUCCAAUCAGCACUAGUCGAUAGUUGGAGAAUACUCUGGAAUCUUCUUAUGUAAAAACUAUAAAUAUACUGACAUUUUCUCUAUUGUGCUUCUGACGUGCUUCUUACUUCCAUCUAACCUUGUUAUUUGGAAUAUAAUCUCUUCCUGUUCAACCGUGUUUUGAUUUGGGGACUUGUCGAGUGAAUCGGUGUCCGAGAAUACUAAGCAAUAGGAAUAGCUGGGUCAUAACCGUAAGAAAGAGAGAUUUAUAACAGUGGCGACGGGGAAAAAGGAAAACAAAUUCAAGAUGCCCAUAUCAGAUGACCAGCUUAACCGAAUACUACAACAACAGCAAGCACAACUUGAUGCACAAAUGCGGUUGUUGGAGACUCUGACUCAACAGCUUAACAUCCACUGCUCGAAUUCACAUGCUAUUUCAAGUACGUCUUGUGAUGCAGUCGCUAGUAGCAUCCCAGAAUUCAUCUAUGAUCCCGAAAGUGGAAAUACUUUUCUCACGUGGUUCAAACGUUGGGAAGAUACAUUUAGAACAGAAUUCUGUAACCAAGACGAUGCGUGGAAGACCCGAUUGUUGGUACGUAAGUUGGGAAGCAAUGAACAUGCACGUUUUGCUGACCAUAUAUUGCCAAAGUUACCUCGAGAGCUCAGUUUCGAGGAGACGGUAUUUCAGUUGUCAGAGAUAUUCGGCGAGUCAUCCUCGUUGUUUAGUAUUCGAUAUCGGUGUCUAAAUUUGGUGAAACGCGAAGCCGAUGAAUAUGGUGUUCUAGCAGACAUCGUCAACAGAGAAUGUGAACGUUUCAAGUUACGCUCGUUGACUGAUGACCAAUUUAAAUGCUUAAUAUUCAUCAAAGCUCUUCAGUCACCACAAGAUGCUGAGAUCAGGACUAGACUUUUAGCUCGACUGGAUCAAGACCCAAACGUCACACUCAGAACAUUGACAGAUGAGUGUAAGCGUCUACAAAGCAUCAGACAUGACAACGAGUUGAUUGAACAGGUAAAUCCUAAUUUAACCUGCGGUAGUGUAAAUACUAUUACUAGGUUAAAAGUUCAGAAGCCUUUAACAACUCGUAACAAACCAAGGACUGCAUGCUGGUUAUGCGGUGAUUGGCAUUAUGCACGAUUCUGUCCAUUCAAGAAGCAUAAAUGUCAGGAGUGCAACAAACAUGGACAUAAAGAAGGUCACUGUCCACCGAAGCGUACGUCUCAGCCUAAGAAGAAGCAUAAACGUCCUCGACAUGUGAAAUCAGCCGAGUCUAAAUCUCUUUCUCUGGUAGCUGCCUUUCAAACAAACUAUGACAUUCAGAGAAAGUAUGUGACCAUCCAGAUCAACGGCAUAUCAGCUCGUCUUCAAAUUGACACGGCAUCAGAUAUCACGUUAGUCUCUAGAGAAACGUAUAACUUGCUGGGUAACCCGCCAAUGAAGCCAUCUAAGAAAACGGCUAAAAACGCAUCAGGUGGUGUGCUAAAACUGGUUGGUGAAUUACAGUGUGAAUUUUCCUUCAAUGGAACUAACUGUACAGGAAUAUGUUACCUAAAAGAACGGUCAAACCUUGAUCUUCUUGGUCUAGAUAUGUUAGACAAACUUGGAAUAAUGGAUGUACCAAUUAACAGUGUCUGUAACGUAUCGCGUUCAUCAUUGGACACCCCAUUACUUCCAAAGAAGACAGGUGAUAGGUUACUAGGAAAACCGAAAACAAAAAUACGAACACAUUUCGAUGUCAUCCGUCCUACGCCAGCUAUUGAACCCCAACGAAACCUAUCGAUGGAGAAUCAGUUCAACCGACAUCAUGGGGCACAAAGACGAUUGGUUCACGGUGGGACAAAAAGUGCUUGCUAUGGACUAUCGUGGGAAACACCCUACAUGGACAGCCGGUCGGAUCUUGAAAAAGAAGGGGAGUGUGGUUUACGAGGUGUCAGUUGGCUCGGAAGUUUGGGUACGUCAUGUUAACCAAUUGAAAGCAACCUCGAUAGCCAGCAACAAGAUUCAAUAUCGAUUACCUCUUGAUGUUCUGCUAGACACCUUUGAAAUCAAAACGCCGGGAAUAGACACAUCAGUUUCUGUGCAAGAAAAGAGUGAUACUUCUCUAUUGCCUAGACGAUGGACUAAUCGAAAGCACAGGCCAGUCACUCGGUUGCAGUUGGACCCUAGCACCAGAUCCUACGAAUCUGCUCAAAGGGGAGGUGUUAGCGGGAUAUAGACUGGAUUAAAGCAUGCUCAAUGCAUGAUUGCUUUGGUGCACGCUGAUUGGCUAAUUCUUAUCCAAUCAGCACUAGUCGAUAGUUGGAGAAUACUCUGGAAUCUUCUUAUGUAAAAACUAUAAAUAUACUGACAUUUUCUCUAUUGUGCUUCUGACGUGCUUCUUACUUCCAUCUAACCUUGUUAUUUGGAAUAUAAUCUCUUCCUGUUCAACCGUGUUUUGAUUUGGGGACUUGUCGAGUGAAUCGGUGUCCGAGAAUACUAAGCAAUAGGAAUAGCUGGGUCAUAACCGUAAGAAAGAGAGAUUUAUAACAGUGGCGACGGGGAAAAAGGAAAACAAAUUCAAGAUGCCCAUAUCAGAUGACCAGCUUAACCGAAUACUACAACAACAGCAAGCACAACUUGAUGCACAAAUGCGGUUGUUGGAGACUCUGACUCAACAGCUUAACAUCCACUGCUCGAAUUCACAUGCUAUUUCAAGUACGUCUUGUGAUGCAGUCGCUAGUAGCAUCCCAGAAUUCAUCUAUGAUCCCGAAAGUGGAAAUACUUUUCUCACGUGGUUCAAACGUUGGGAAGAUACAUUUAGAACAGAAUUCUGUAACCAAGACGAUGCGUGGAAGACCCGAUUGUUGGUACGUAAGUUGGGAAGCAAUGAACAUGCACGUUUUGCUGACCAUAUAUUGCCAAAGUUACCUCGAGAGCUCAGUUUCGAGGAGACGGUAUUUCAGUUGUCAGAGAUAUUCGGCGAGUCAUCCUCGUUGUUUAGUAUUCGAUAUCGGUGUCUAAAUUUGGUGAAACGCGAAGCCGAUGAAUAUGGUGUUCUAGCAGACAUCGUCAACAGAGAAUGUGAACGUUUCAAGUUACGCUCGUUGACUGAUGACCAAUUUAAAUGCUUAAUAUUCAUCAAAGCUCUUCAGUCACCACAAGAUGCUGAGAUCAGGACUAGACUUUUAGCUCGACUGGAUCAAGACCCAAACGUCACACUCAGAACAUUGACAGAUGAGUGUAAGCGUCUACAAAGCAUCAGACAUGACAACGAGUUGAUUGAACAGGUAAAUCCUAAUUUAACCUGCGGUAGUGUAAAUACUAUUACUAGGUUAAAAGUUCAGAAGCCUUUAACAACUCGUAACAAACCAAGGACUGCAUGCUGGUUAUGCGGUGAUUGGCAUUAUGCACGAUUCUGUCCAUUCAAGAAGCAUAAAUGUCAGGAGUGCAACAAACGUGGACAUAAAGAAGGUCACUGUCCACCGAAGCGUACGUCUCAGCCUAAGAAGAAGCAUAAACGUCCUCGACAUGUGAAAUCAGCCGAGUCUAAAUCUCUUUCUCUGGUAGCUGCCUUUCAAACAAACUAUGACAUUCAGAGAAAGUAUGUGACCAUCCAGAUCAACGGCAUAUCAGCUCGUCUUCAAAUUGACACGGCAUCAGAUAUCACGUUAGUCUCUAGAGAAACGUAUAACUUGCUGGGUAAACCGCCAAUGAAGCCAUCUAAGAAAACGGGGACUUGUCGAGUGAAUCGGUGUCCGAGAUUACUAAGCAAUAGGAAUAGCUGGGUCAUAACCGUAGGAAAGAGAGAUUUAUAACAUGGCCGAAUACUAGUAAUCCACAAAUAUCCUCUACUCCUAAUGGCCAUGCUUUACACCCAGUGAACAGAGUGAGCUGCUGAACAGGAAACUCGUCCUUUGAUAGGCAGACGGAUAUUUCCUCUACGCUGAAAGCGACACAAGUUGCCAAAAGUCAAUCGAGCCUUCUGAAUCCGUCCCGAGAUUUCGUCAGACACCAGUCCAUUAGUACUGAAGAGACUCAGGAUAAGUAGUCGAUGCGUCCAACUACUUCGCUGCUUACCAUUAAUUAAGGUGAUGACACAAGCAAAACCCGAAGCAACAUUUUACAUUUGCAGGGAGAGAACCACAUCCCAAACAUGCUUGCAAUGUUACUUAAUGUGAUUAGAAGACUGCACUUCGUCAGCGUCUUCAACAAUCAGAACUAUAUCAUUUGCGUAUUCUAAGUCAACAAGCGAAUUUCCUGGUAGAUGGCCAAUGCCUGAAAAGUCAAACGAUGAAAGUGUUAUCUAUAAAAGCAUGUCUAUGGAAAAGUUAAAUAAAAAUGGUGAAAGUGAACAACCUUGAAGUAACCAAUUACGACGACAGUUUCUCAUCAGCUAUCACUCGAUCAGUAGUGUUCGAGUAGAGAGACUGUAAAAGGUUCAUGUACUUCUUUGGGAUACCUCUCAAUGGCAGACACUGUCACAGAACUUCACAAUUAACGGAGUCGAACGCCACCUUAAGGUCAAGGAGUACAACUAUAGUCAGACGUCUAUGAUCCAGGGCCCGUCAAAGGGUGAAUAUUUGGCCUAUACAUUCACGUCUAGGUCUGAAACCUGCCUGGUCUUCUCGGAUUUGCUCUUCACGGGAUCUGGUCAGACGUCGAAGUAUUAUUGAGAGUAAUAUCUUAGACACAAUAUUAGUUAAACUAAUUCUUCUGUGAUUUUCACAAGAGGAUUUCUGCUCUUUCCUAUAGACUGGGACGAUCAGUGAUCGAGAACAGUCAGAUGGAACUACAUUCAGUUCCCAGAUUUUAGUCACUGUCAGGGAAGUCCUACUCAUUACCUUCUCGUGGUGGGGGUGUUGUUUACGAAGUUGAGAGGACGAAAGGCGAAUGUCCGGCACUCUAACCGAGUUGGUUGGUGGAUAUGGAGGAUUCACCUAGAGGAGUUGGAAAACCCUGAUUUUAAACCAAUGGUGCAAAAGGGCCACAGAAUCCUGAGGGGACAAAUGGCGUAUGAAUCAAUUAUUGGUCAUCGGCUACCAUGGGACUGCAUCUCUUUACGUUGCUUUACUGCCUUGUGGAUCAGUCAGUCAGCUACAACGUAGGACCAGGCACAUAUGUGCAUCGGUCCAGGUUGCCAUACCGCAUCAGCACAACAAGAUGAACACCGGAUUCACAGCAGUGGUUAGGUCAAAGGUGGUAAUAUAUAAGAGAAAGAUUGCAUAUAGAGAUAUAGUACAAGAAGAAAGGAUUGGUUCGUAGAAAGAAAGAUAUGAAGUGAUUUUAAUCUCUUAGUUUAAGGGAAGACAGAGAGUGUAUACACCGACGCCAUUGUGAUCGAUUCUGAGCCAUGUCACCAAGAGUCUCCAACCAUUGGUUACGAUAGUCACGCGGACCCCAACCAAGUAGUCUGCAUCUACCAACAUGGCUCAGACUACAAGUUAGUGACUUCAAACACUGAUGCCACAUCUUGGUUUGGCCGCCCCUAACUUUCUUCCAACCACCUCCAAUACCGGAUAGCAUUGCACGUCGUGGUAGUCGGUGUUCAGGCAUACGUAACACGUGGCCCAACCAUCUCAGUCGAUGAAGAUUCAUAACCUCAUCAACUGAUUUACCAUCAUUCCCUAAUACCCUGCGUCUAAUCAGACAUUUAUGUCGAAAACUCCAGGUGUGGUCACCUAAGGAAACCACCUGUUUCGGUCUGGACACACGGGUAGUAUCACAGCCUACACACAAAUCAAGUGACUUGUGUAUUCGGUACCCCUUUGUACCAAUGUUUAUGUUCAAAUAAAUAAAUAAGACCUCAGUUAAUGUAACUGCUAAAACUGGACUAACAUCCUUGAGGCCAGUUGAACUUUUUCAUAAAGGCUUUUGUCCAUCGGUUCAAUCUCUUGAAUUGAGGGAAUAACAGUCCCAUCUUUUUUCGAAAUAGUUUCACUAACAGCCGGGUUUUUAGUAACCGUUACCUUGAUAAGUCUGAACAGAUGUCUAUUGUUACCUAUCGCUGCUCACGAUUAUUACGUAGACUCUUUAUCAGCCUACGUUUAAGCUGCCUCCGCUUCUCAUUGUGUUCAGAGCCAGACGAGAUAGGUUUCCGAGCAUCUAUCAGUGCUAUAGAGGCCGCUGAAACCCACUGAUUUUUCUUAACCUUUUGGUUUAAGUUACUAGCAUAUAUCACUGCUAUUUCUACAGCUUUUUACGUAUCAUACCAAACUACCUCGGAAUGAAUGUCACUUUCACCUGAAAUAUAUUCUUAACUUGUUAACUAUCAAGUUGGACUCUAAGGGGUUUAUUGAUGUGGCUGCUCCACGUCAAGGACUCAAACAAAUACGUGCUUAAACUAGAGCAUGAUUCGCGUCUAAACAUUUGCUCCAGAAUGAGCAACAGUCUUCAAUUGAGCUCCUCCAACAAUGGCUAAUGACAAUAUGAUCUAUUUGAGUCCGUCGAUGAGUUGAUUGUGAUCUUCACACCGGACGAUGUUUUUCCUUAUGUUCGAAUUUAAUGUUCGCCAAAAAUAGACGGUCAUUUGGGUACAGUUGCAACAGACGGUCGCCACUAUGUUCGUUGAGUCGCAACACUAUAAGAUCUGCCUAAGUACCGUUUGGUUUGGUUUAAUUUACCUACUUGGGCAUUCAAAUCACCAGCCACUAUGACGACAUCCGAGCCUUUAACUUUUUAAAGUCGGUUAGAUAGCUGUCUAUAAAAUCCAUAACUAACUUUAUUUGAGCUUAAUUCAGUUGGAGCAUGGGCAUACAACGAAAAGGCAACGGCGUUUGUCUCUAUCUUUUCGGAUUCUUACUGGUUCGUUCGAACAGAGCAUAAGAGAUUGUUUAUUGGAAUCCAGUCUAACAGAGCCUGUUCUGUUUUCGAACUCAGUACUAUACCUACAUCAACGAGACCACGGAAAGUAGUAGUGGGGUCUCCAGAUACUCGACGGGUAAAUUUUGCCGGUUCUUUAUACUGAGAAAAUGAGGUCAAAUGAAUGGCUGUACUUGGAUACUGUAUGCGUUUCGGAGACGCAGCACACGUCAAUGACGCGAGAUCCCAAAGUCCUUGUUAAAGAGGCCUUUCGUUCUAUCUGACACAAGGCUAGAACAUUGAAAGCUCCAACAUGUAGUUUAGAGCGUGGUUUCAGAUCGCGAGUAACAUUUCGUGAACUCAAGUCAUUAGUGGUGCGUGGUGAUAAAGAUAUACGAGGAGGGUUGACCACAAUGAUGGAAGAAUUCCUAAAAGGUGAGAGAUUUGGUCAUCAUUAAGAUGAUCUCGAGUGAUGAUAUAGGUAUGAGGUGGGUUGUCAUUUUCUGACUGCCUACAUCAUUAAGGGACACUUGUUCUUGAACGUACUGAGAAAGAAGCUGAAUUAAUGGUGGUCUUAACGACCUGAGAGCGUAACUGAAGAGCCCAAGGGACAACUGCUUGAGACCGGUCGAUCAAGGCCUUUAAUAGAAAGUUUCUGAUCCGUUAGCUCCGCACUUUAAAAGACCUUACCACUAGAGACGGGUAUUCGUAGGGCAAGGCGAGGUGUGACAUUUCAAUCGACCUUUUCUAACUUCUUACUUCUGUUGCGAGAAGGCAACAUUGCUACAUAUGUUGGUUGUCAGAGAGAAACACCUUACUGCUGUCACACACCUUUACAAUCAGAAGUACUUCACAUAAUUAAUGGAUGAUACUUCAAAUUCCAAAAUAAAACCUAAGUGGUGAUUAGCCUCAAGCGAUGCAGUGCCUGAGUGUGCACCCAAAACCUUUGGAUAUACUGGGUUUGAUAGUUUCGAGGACCAACUUGUGAAAGUCAUAACACCCUUGAUAAACAAAUACAUGAAAUGAAAAGUCUUCCUAUAUUCGGUUAUGAACUUCCUUGAACCAUGCAAAGGUCGCACUUUCUAAGCUUUCGACAGAAAUUCAUAGAUUAACGAGUGAAAAUCGAAAAGCUUAUGGUUUAGGCGCAUGGUAAAAGUCUCCUCUGGGCUAAAGAGUUUUGAAAUACAGAGCAGUGAUUAAAUUUGUCAGUAAUACUGAACAAAAGUCAUCUAAAUUUCCACAUCAGAGACUAGCUACUACUGGCCUGGCUGAAGAUCUUCAGAUAGUUUUGAGAGGUAGCGAAAUUAUAGCACACGUAAAUUUUUCUAAGUUAGAUUCUAUGCACGACAAAUAUUGAUUAAAAUAACGCUGUGAACAGUAAUCAAAUAAAACGGCAAUGAACUAAAGAUAGGGUUUUGUUAAAUCAGCUGGGCUACUCUGGUAACAGUCUGGGGAAAUUGCAGCUUAUAUAGUACAGAAGGAUCAGCAGGGAUGUGAUCACAAUAGCAAUAAUCCUUUGCCUUAACAUGCCAAUUAGGACUCAGUACUAAACAACACGUAAUAUGAAAUAACUUUGUACCAGAACAGGCACGAAGACCCAUGUGAACCUUUUCGUAGUUAAAAUUCCUAAACCGAGGAAUUUUCUACUCGAAGUAACAGUUAUGAUGCCUUGAUGUCAAUAUUCCAAAAAAGACUUGGCCAUUAAUUGGUUCUGUAGGUAGAGGAAGAUUAUUCCCAGUGUUAAUGUUUAAUCAUUAGAUGAGACUAUAAUUUAUGGACGAACCAAUCAUGUUUACGAUAAGGUCUAAGAUUUUGGCGCGAAAUCCAUUCACGCACUUGACUAAUUAGUUUUGGCAUGAUAGCUGAUGUCAACUCAUGGUAAAAACCCUAAAUCUAAUUCCUAACCCUAACCAUCAACUGUUAAUCAUAAUCCUUAUUCUUUAAACUGCUUUAUAAUUCUCAUUUAGCCCUAGUAAGUACGUAGACACUCUCAAGGUCACUAUGGCUUCGCUCAAAAGUCGUCCAUGAACCAGUCACACUGAUCGUUACUCUUAGGAUUAACUUUUUCCAGCUUUGGUCC